CAUUUUCUUCCACGAACCUCUCCCUCUCACAUCGACCAUGUCAGGCAACGAAUGAAGUUGGGACAUGAACGCAUGGCGAAACUCCCGACUAAGAAGAGCUGGCCUAUUUUUUCUUAGUAGAUCGAAUUCAUAGCCGAAUGUACAUCGUCGGCCGUUCAGACCAUGUCUCCGAUACAUCGUCCGCCUUUCUUGCAGCUAUCCUCGAGUACUUGACCGCUGAGAUUUUCGAUGUCACCGGUAACGCUACCCGCGGCAGCAACAUACCUUGUACUAUUUCCCAUCCCCUUCAGCUCAGCAUUCGCGACGACGGAGAGCUGAACGAUUUGCUCGAACAUGUAGCCGUUCCGGGAAAAUCUGUGGCCCGAAGCCGAUGCCUCACACUCAUCCGAAAUGGCCCAGGGUGGUGGCGCUUCUUCAUAUGAUUCACUUUUGCCCAUGG